AGGCCGUAAAUCCAGCUGGAACCCGUCCCUUCCAAGGCAACAAGCGACUGGCACUUCUUGACUCAGAAGGCGGAAACGAUAUGCUGCAGUCAAAUGCCCGUAACAAAAUUUUGAGCUGCAAAGGGGAGGCGACUGAGAUAGUCAACUUUAUAACCGGGCAUCCGGCACAAAAAGGCCACAAUAUACAGGGCACUCGUGCAACGACGGUGGAAGCAAUUCUUGGCGCUGUUUGGAUUGAUUCAGGAAUGAGCAUGCAUGCAGUGGAUUGUGUGAAAGACAAGUUUGCUAUCGACAAAUGA